UCACUUCCGGUCAGCACUGAGCACAUCCUCGCGUCCCUCCGCGGAGUCAAGUAGUUCUCACGUUCAACGUCCGCGUGCUGCGGUUUAAUCACUGAACUUUGGUCCCGUUUGAAAAAUGUCCGUCGUGAAAACGGUCGACGUGAACUUCUCCCGCGGUCACGAGCUGACGAGCGUUUCUUUUUAGUUUUUCUACGUAGUAAGUUAUUUGGCGCGAAAUGUGCGGAUGACGAAGGGGGAAAGGGGGAGGAGUCUGAGUAUUUAAAGUGCGGCGAGCAGCUGUUUGCGGUGAAUCACGCAGAGACUUCAGAGCGGCGCGCUGCGGGAUCGAUACCUGCUGUGACCGGUCGACAACAGGUCACCUGACCGAUCAUCGACGCGAGGAGGACGUCAUCCGGACGUCAUCGGCCUCACGCACUUGGAUCUGACUGGAGUUCUCUUCUGGGAGAGAUAACGGCGACCGCGAUGACGCAGGUGUUGACCAGCACCAACUACGAUUAUGACUACGACGCGGUCCAGCCGUACUUCUUGGACGGCGAGGAGGAGGACUUCUACCCUCCCCCUUGUAGCCAGCUCCUCCUGGGCCCCGGUGAGGACAUCUGGAAGAAGUUCGAGCUGCUGCCGACGCCGCCCCUCUCCCCCAGCAGGAGGCCGCCCCCGCCCCCGUCUGGCGUCCCGCUGUCCGACCUGCUGGACGAGGGUCGCAGCCCGUCGGCAGCCUUCCUCCAGUCCUUCAUCAUUCAGGACUGCAUGUGGAGCAGCAGCUUCGCCGCUGCCACCAAGCUGGAGAAGGUGGUGUCCUUGAGGCUGGCCCUGCUCCGGUCCCGCCGGGACUCGUCCACCGCCAACAACAACAACAACAACAACAACAACAACAACGCUACGACAGACGGAGCAGCUGCUGGGCCGGUGGGCGGGGCUCAGGUGAACCUGCAGGACAAAGCAGCCACAGACUGUGUCGACCCGUCCGCCGUGUUUCCGCACUCCGCCCUGAGCGGGAGGAGCGGUGACGGAGCGGCGAAGGAGGCGGGAUCAGAGCUGUGUCUGGACUCGCCGCCACUCAGCAGCAGUGACCGUGAUUCAGGAGGAGGAGGAGGAGGAGGAGGAGGAGAUGAGGAUGAAGAGAUCGACGUGGUGACGGUCGACAGGCGGAAGGUGUCACGGCGGUCGACCUCCUCCCCGCUCGUCCUGAAACGCUGCCACGUUAACGUCGACCAGCACAACUACGCCGCCGCCCCGCAGCCCUCGGCUCAGUCCGCUGGGAAGCGGCCCAGGUCGGAGUUCACCUGCGCGAGCGGCCGCCGCAGGUGCUGGAGUCCGCGGUCGGAGGGCGAAGAAGAAGAAGACGACGACGACGACGACAGACGCACGACUCACAACGUGCUGGAGAGGCAGCGACGCAACGAGCUGAAGAUGAGCUUCGCCGCUCUGAGGGACGAAAUCCCAGCGGUGGCCAACAACGAGAAAACGGCCAAGGUGGCGAUCCUGAAGAGGGCGACGUCGUUCGUCGGCGAGCUACGAGAGGAGGAGCGGCGGCUGCGGACGGUGAAGGAGGAGCUGAGGAAGAGGAGCAGAGCGACGAAACGCAGACUGGAGCAGCUCAGGACUUUACGUUAACCGUCUGAUUAUAAUGUUUAUGUCACAUUUUCAACGUUGAACAUCCAACAGUUAAAUAUUAGUUUAUUAAUAUAUAUGACCACCGGAGCUGCAACGAAACAGACGUCCACAAUCUCACAUCAAGAACAAGACGAAGAACAACAGAGACCAGGAUUCACUGACUUUGUUUGUAUUUAUUCCAUUUUUUAUCUACAACUUUGCACCUUUUUUAUUAGUAUGAAUAAAAAAAGUUUUGUACAAAA